AUGAUUGACCACCUAAUUGGUCGACCGAGUCCGUCAUGGAAGCGAGCCCAAGUCUUCCUGGUUCUGUUCUUCUGGGUAUGGAGAAUAGUAUGGGGAAACCCCACGGGGCCGCGUGUGCUCUUCUUGAGGAGAGCAAACAGAAUGCUUCAGCGUUUCACGCCAUGGCAGAUCGUCGUCAGUACAUUGACCACAGUAUAUGCUCUUCGCAAUCUCGAUAAGAUCUUGGGCCUUGGGGCCCCCGAGCCAUUAGCUCGACUUUAUUCUCCUUCGUAUUAUCGAGCAACAUGGAUUUCCACAGGCAUGGACGCGGGCUUCGCAACCGCCAUGGCCAUACGCCCGAGAUGGCUCCGGGAUAUUUGCUCUAUCUUGUUCUCAGCUUACUAUAUACUUUACGCGAAUGAAGCCGAUGAGAAGUUGCGUAGGUUCCGUGCGGUGCCAACGGUAGAAAUGCUCCGCGCCACAUGGGAGAAAACAAGCAAUCCCUAUAUACGACUGUUCGUCAACAAGAAACGAAUAGCUUACUAUCGCAAGAUACUCUUACCUCGUCCACAGUCUUCGCCUUAUACGAGGCCGAUCACUGUGCACAUAUAUUUCUCUCCCCGAGAUACAAGCACCCAGCCCGAAGAUCCAGUCGCGGCCUUGGCAAUGCAGGAAGAUCUUAUUCUUGACAUUCCAGGAGGUGGAUUCGUGGCCAUGACCCCAGAACAUCACGAGGAGCGGCUGCGGAUGUGGGCAAUCAGAACGGGCAAGCCUGUGGUGUCCGUGGAAUAUGGAAAGGCACCCGAACAUCCUUACCCCUUUGCCGUCGAUGAAGCAUUCGAUGCAUACCGCGUCCUUGUCGAAUCGAAGGGCGAGGCAAUCGGCAUGUCCGGGAAAGCCUUCAAUGUAAUCGUAUCCGGAGACUCUGCUGGAGCAACCAUUGCCGUCGGGGUUAUGGUCAAAACACUCGAACACGCACUCUCCGUAUCUGAUCCGGCCUCGCGAUACCCCCGACCGACCUCCAUGCCCCCUCAGCCUCUCCCGCUCCCGGUAGCCCUCGUGCUGAAUUACGCAGCGCUCGACUUUAACUUCACAUCAUGGAUGACGCCAAGCAAUCUCAGGGUCCUGAGGAUAGAGACUGAAGCCGAUGAGCACCGACCGCGCACUCGCUCCCCUGCCGUGCUCAAACGGCAGUCCUCGAGUUAUUUUCACGGGUCGGACGGGGAGGAAGACGAGCCGGAGAGCUGGGCGAGCGUUCUGCGGGAAACCAAGGACCACCUAUCCCAUGUCAGCCCGCUGGCCGUCGUCGGGGACGAGUACAAACGGCUGAAGCUAAGACGCAAGAAGAGCUGGGGCGACACACUAAAGCUGAGCCUUGGAUCAGCGGCGACUUCUCCCGUCGCAACGACCAGGGGUAAGAUCGCUCGGAGACAGCGCUCGACAGGCGAGAUGUUGAAGCACAAGCAGAGCCUCGCUUCCGUCACGAUGUCGCGGUCGAAAACUGAGACUCGCCAGGGCCCGGGCGAGGACGAGGACACUGAUAGCGAUGAGGACGCGACUGUGUUUGAUCACCUGCGCGAGGAGGAGCGACCGCUCGAGGCACGCAUUCGGUGGUUCUUCACGCCAGACCAUACCCCCCUCCACACACCAGAUGCAUCAGAAGGUGCGCAUGGAGACGCCUUUUUUCCGUCGUCCCGUAGAAACACAUUGGACGCGGCCGAACAAGCGAAGCUGCAGGACGCAAUAUCAGAGGCUGAUAAUAGGGCCAUCGACCAACGGAAGCGCGAGGGUGUGCAGAGAAAGGAGGCGCCGAUCGGGACGCGGUUAACGAUGACGAGUCGAACUGGAUACUUCCAAGACCGAAUCAUCUCGCCAAGCAUGAUGCGCGCGAUGGCGAUCCUCUACAUCGGGCCUCAUCUGAACCCAGAUUUCGCGACGGACUACCACAUCUCGCCGAUCCUGACGCCGCCGCAGUUGCUGGCGCAGUUCCCGCCGCUGCUGAUGCAGUGUGGGGAGAAGGACCCGUUCGUCGACGACACGAUCAUCUUCGCGGGGCGCGUGCGCGAGGCGAAGCGGCAGCGCAAGCUAGAGCUGCGUCAGGCCAUCCGCACGCAGGGCGCCCUCGACGAGGAGAGGCGGCAGCAGAUGCAGCGCGAACUGGAGAAGCUCGAGGGCGAGAUGGAGGAGGACUGGGUGCAGCUGCAGCUGUACUCGGACUGGAGCCACGGGUAUUUGCAGAUGCCGACGCUGAUGCGCGAGGCGCGCACGGCCAUCAACGACAUCGCGGAUUGGAUCGACAAUGCGUUCGGAGCAUCGCGGGCACUCACUCGGUCGCCGAAGGGCGUCGAGAGCGGGCGGUCCAGGACCCCUGCGCGCGGAGGACCGGUCAGCACUGCUGGUCAGACGAUUUCGGAGAGCGAGCUGAUGAGACGGAGGAGGCUCUUGGAUUCCCAUAUUUUUGCGAGCGAGUCGUGAUCAGAGGCGCAGGGCGUCAUCGUGAUAGGGUUUAUUCUUGGAGAUAUAUGGAUCAUGAUACUUUAAUGACUGUAUAACAGCAGAGCUCGUGGUGAUGCAGCAUUCUUAUAAGUUACGGGGAAUAGAGUGGAGUCCAAUGAUGGGAUCGGAAAUUUGCGCC